AAAGUUCAUCAUCAUCUUGAGACACAAGAGAAGAAAGGCUGUAGGGACAGUGACAAUAUUAAGUUAAAUGGAGAUGGUAUGCCAAGGCUACUUACCAGUGACGAGGUCUUUGAGCAAGUCCUGCAAUACCAGGAGCAUCAGCAGGCCAAAGCAGCUGAGAAGGAAACAAGGAAAGCAGCAUUGGAGGCACGAACACACAAGAUGGAGGUGUGGAUGCAAGAGGAUGAGGCAAGAAAAAACCAAAACAAGGCCAAGACUAAGCAGUGGAAGGUUGCUGUCAAAGAGUGGGAGGCCAAGCAAGUGCUUACAAAGCAAGAGAGAUGA